AUGCAGGCUGGACGGACGGAGUCCUUCGACGACAUCUAUCUCGACCUCUCGAAACAGUCGGGGAAAUGCAGGCUGGCCGAGUCGGGAUUAGGAUGGAAGGUUUCCGGCGGACAGACGUUCACCCUCGACAAGGCAGAGAUAAUUAGUGCACAGUGGAGCAGGGCGGCGAGAGGACACGAGCUGAAGGUUAUCGCACGGAAUGCGGGUGUGGUGCAGUUGGACGGGUUCAGGCAAGACGACUUUGACACGAUACAGAAAUGCUUCAAGGUGUGGUAUGGCGUCGAGCUGAUCCAGAAGGAGCAUGCGCUCAACGGCUGGAACUGGGGCAAGAGCGAGAUGGGCCGAAACGAGUUCUCCUUCGCCGUGCGCAACAGACCUGCUUUCGAGAUCCCCUACACCGAAAUUUCCAACACCAACUUGGCUGGCAAGAACGAGGUGGCCGUAGAGUUCUCUCUACCCGCAGAUGGCGAGGAGACAGGCACAAAUGGUCAUCUGGGCGGCGCGAGGUCAAAAGGUCGCAAGACGGGUGGCGCAACCGACCAGCUUACCGAGAUGCGCUUCUACAUCCCGGGCACAGAGACACGAAAAGGCAAAAAAAAGGACGAUGAGGAUGGCGAAGAUGACGAGAACGCCGAGGAGGAAGGCCAGGAGCAGAACGCAGCUACUGUCUUCUAUGAGACCCUCAUGGACAAGGCAGAAAUUGGCGAAGUGGCAGGUGACACAUUCGCCACCUUCCUCGACAUUCUCCAUCUCACACCCCGUGGCCGCUUCGACAUCGACCUCUAUGAGAAGUCCUUCCGUCUCCGCGGCAAAACGUACGACUACAAAGUGGCCUAUGAAAACGCCAAGCGCUUCUUUGUGCUACCAAAACCAGACGACAUGCACCAGCUCCUCUGUAUCGGUCUAGACCCGCCACUCCGGCAGGGCCAAACACGCUACCCAUUCAUCGUUAUGCAAUUCAAGCGUGAUGAGGAAGUCAACAUCGAACUUAACAUGACUGAAGACGACUUGAAGAGCAAAUACAACGGCAAACUCCAACCACGCUACGAAGCACCCAUCGGCAACGUCAUCGCCAAAAUCUUCCACGGUCUAACAGGCAAGAAGCUCUUCCAACCAUCGCACGACUUCACCUCCCACCACGGCCAAAGCGGCGUCAAAUGUAGCAUCAAAGCCAACGAAGGCCACCUCUACUGCCUCGACCGCGCCUUCCUCUUCGUCCCAAAACCUGCCACGUACAUCUCCUUCGACAACGUCGCCGUGAUCACGAUGAGUCGUGUCGGAGGGGCUAUUAGUGCGAGCCGGACCUUCGACAUCACCGUCUCGCUCAAAAACGGCGCCGGCGAGCAUCAAUUCUCCAACAUCAACCGCGAGGAGCAAGCACCCUUGGAAUCCUUCUUCAAGGCCAAGAAUCUCAAGACGAAGAAUGAAAUGGAUCUGGAUUCGGGGAUGAUGGCGGCGGCGUUGGUCGACGAUCCGGAUCUGGCUAGUAGUGAGGAUGAGGUCGUGGCUAAUGAUCGGGGUUCGGCGGAUGAGGACGAUGAGAGCGUGGAUGAGGAUUUCCAGGCUGAUGAUGAGAGUGAUGUUGCGGAGGAGUUUGAUUCGGAUGCGGCGAGUAGUGGUGGGGGUAGUGAUGCGGGGAGUGAUGCUGAGAUGGAGGAUGUGGACGCGGGGGGAGAUGAUGAUGAGGAGGAUUCGGCGGAUAAGGUUGAGAGGCCGAAGAAGAAGGCGAAGACGGGGAAGUAG